UUAGUCGAUAAUCAAAACAAACAACAACAACAACCGAAUGAUCAACAGCAAUCAUCACAAAAAUCAUUAAAAUCAUCAACAAAAUCAAUAUCAUCAGCAUCGACAUUAACAGCAACAGGAACAUCCAAUAUAGCCGUUAUGACAAGUGGUGGUGAUUGUCAAGGAAUGAAUAGUGUUCUAUAUGGUUUAUUAUGUCGUCAUAUUGAUCAGAUAACUAAAUCGAUGAAUAAUAAUAAUAAAAAAUUAGAUAAAAAUAACGGUAACAAUAACCUAGAAUUAUAUUUUAUUUAUAAUGGAUUUCAAGGCCUAAUUGAUGGAACCAGUAAAACAAUUGUAAAAGCAAAUCGUAAAAUUUUACAACAAUUUAUUUAUCAAGCUGGUACGAUUAUCAAUUCAUCAAGAUGUCGUGAAUUUUAUCAACAAGAUGGCCGUCAAAAAGCGGCUUUUAAUCUAUUGCGUUUAAAUAUUGAAAAUUUGAUUGUUAUUGGUGGUGAUGGUAGUUUAACAGGUGCAAAUUAUCUACGUCGUGAAUGGUCACAAUUCGUUAGAGAAUUUAUUGUUCAAAAUCAAAAUAAUGAACAUAUUGAUACGGCAAAAAUAUCAUUGAAUAGUCAAUUAAAUUUGAUCGGAAUUAUUGGAUCGAUUGAUAAUGAUUUCUUAGGGUCGGAGAUGACCAUUGGAACUGAUUCAGCAUUAGGACGUGUUAUUGAAGCGGUUGAUUUGUUGAAAACAACAGCAAAAAGUCAUAGUCGUGCUAUGGUUGUUGAAGUUAUGGGACGGAAUUGUGGUUAUCUGGCUAUAUCAGCAGCUUUAUGUUGUUGUGCAUCAUAUGUUUUCAUUCCGGAAUAUCCACAUCGUUCAACGGAGGAAUGGCAACGAAAAUUAUCAACACGUAUUACAUAUGAACGUAAUAAUGGACAAUAUUAUCAUAUAGUGAUAAUAUCAGAAGGUGCAUGUGAUAAUCAAGGACAACCAAUACGUUCAAUACAGGUAAAAGAUUACCUUAAUAAACAAUGUGAUAUUGAAACAAGAUUAAUAAUUCUUGGUCAUUUACAACGUGGUGGUUUUACUUCGGCAUUCGAUCAUUUAAUGUCAAUGGCAACUGGUUUUAAAGCUUAUGAUAUGAUUAUUGAGGAAAAAGAUAAUGUUAAUGGUGAACUAACCAAAACAGCUAUGAUAUUAACAUUAGAAAAUGGUCAACUUAAUCAACGACCAUUACCUGGUUGUAUUGAUGAAAUGGUCCGUUUGAAUCGUACAGUACGUGAACAUAAUUGGCCAAAAGUUAUGGAAUUUCGUGGCCCGAAUUUUAUAAAUACAUGGGAAAAUUAUCGUAAUCUUAUGUCACCACCAUCAUCAUCAUCAUUGAAAAUAUCGAUCAAUUCGAAACCACCAACGACUGCACCGGAAACUUCCUGGGCAAUUAUAAUUUGUUCCCGAAAUUUCCCAUUACCAUCAGGUAUAAAUGGUAUAAUAUUUGCAUUAGUACGUUAUGGUUAUGCACAAGAUAUUCAAGUUUUUGGUUAUAAAAAUGGUUUGGAAGGACUUUUACAAAAUAAUUUUUAUCAAUUUCAAUGGAUGGAUGUUUCCGGAAUAGUUUCACUGAGUGGUACACAAAUUUUAGGUUCACAAAUUCGAUCACCUUCAUAUCAAUCGAUAAAAAUUAAUGAUAAAAAUAUUGAAAAAAUUAUUGAAAAUUUACAAAAAAAUCGAAUAAAAUCCCUUUGUUUUAUUGGUGAUCAUCAAGCAUAUCAACAUGUUCGGACAUUGAAUAAUUAUCGAAAACGUUUCGGCUAUCUUCAAGAUUUGAAAUUUGGUUACAUUCCAGUUUCAUCGGUUGAUUCUGAUGAUCAGAAUCAAAAUUCCAAUGAUAAUGAAAUUGUUUGGUCAAAAUUGGGACGUGAUUCAAUGAUGAACAAAGUGAUUCGUCUAAUAUCUGAUCUUAUCUAUUCAACUGAAGGAACAUUUAAUCAAUUAUUUCUGCUGAGAAUUAAUUUAGAUAUGAUAUCAUCCGCUACAUUUGUAUCACCGGAAUUAUUUGCUAUCGCUACAGGUGCUAUAACUGUUCAUCAUCCACAUCCAUCAUUGACAAAUGAAAAAUCAAAAACAUUGAUUAAAAAUCAAAAAUCAGAUACCAAUAAAUCAGAUGAUCAAUCAAUACGAUCCAAAGCAAUCGAAAUAAGAGAUUCAAUAUUGAAUACAAAUGAAAAUAAAUUUGUUAUCAUACAUUAUCCGUUAUGGUCGAAAAUUCAAUCAAUUUAUCAAACAAUCAUUCAACCAUUUCAAGAUCGUAUUCGAUUAAAUUCAAUCGAUAUGCAUUUGAUACAAACACCAACACAACCAUCACCAUUUGAUAGAAAAUUAGGUGUUAAAUUAGGUAUGGAAUGUGCAAGAUAUUUUACCAAUAAUAAUCAUGAUGAUACGACGAAGACGACAACAACGAAUAAUAUAUCAACAUCAUUAGCAUUAAUGAUUAGUACACCAUUUUUGAAUGAUGCCAAAGUGUUAAAAUAAAAUUACAAAACAAAAAUUAAUAAAAAAAAUUAA